CGAGAGCAUCAGCAAGAACGAUAGACGGGCUUAACUUUUGCUUCGAAUCCACUGUCAGACGACACCAUGUCUUUCUCCAGCCUUGUACAAGACCUCUCCCUCCGGGACCCCAAUGCGCCCAGGCGCCGCGGUGACGCUUCAGUCUCUACCAUCGACGACCGCGCUUCUCGCACAUCCCACAUUUCCCGCGCCAUGUCCUAUGCCAGCACCGCCGCCACCAGCGUCAGCAUCUCCGGUGAUAUCUCCAGCCAGCUCCAUGGCGGGUAUGCCCAUCCUCUUGCCCGUUCGUGGCAGGCCGAGCGUCAACUAACAAAGUCCAUGCUCAUCUAUCCCCUAUUCGUUUCCGAUAACGACGAUGAAGAGGUUUUGAUUCCUUCUCUCCCGAACCAAUAUCGCCGCGGCAUCAACAGACUCGUUCCCUUCCUCGAGCCGCUCGUCCACAAGGGCCUUCGCUCCGUCAUUCUCUUCGGCGUCCCUCUUAAGCCCGGUACCAAGGAUGCGCUGGGAACCGCUGCCGAUGAUCCCGAGGGUCCCGUCAUUCGCAGCAUCCGCCUGCUGAGGCAAAGAUUCCCCCAGCUAUACAUCACUGUCGACGUCUGCCUGUGCGAGUACACUUCCCAUGGUCACUGCGGUAUUUUGCGCGAUGACGGCAGUCUCAACAACCAAUUAUCGGUCGAUCGCAUCUCGGACGUUGCUCUUGCCUACGCCAAGGCCGGUGCCCACUGCGUUGCUCCUUCCGACAUGAACGACGGUCGCAUUCGUGCCAUCAAGCUCAAGCUUAUCGAGGAGGGUAUUGUCCACCGUGUGACGCUCAUGUCGUACGCCGCCAAGUUCUCCGGCUGCCUUUACGGCCCCUUCCGUGACGCUGCCGACUCAUGCCCUUCGUUUGGCGACCGCAAGUGCUACCAGCUGCCUCCUGGAGGCCGUGGUUUGGCUCGUCGUGCCAUUGUUCGUGACAUCAACGAGGGUGCCGAUAUCAUCAUGGUCAAGCCCGCAAGCCAGUACCUGGACAUUAUUAGUGACGCCAAGGAGCUUGGAAAGGACUUGCCCGUUGCUGCCUACCAGGUCAGCGGUGAAUUCGCCAUGAUCCACGCCGCUGCAAAGGCGGGUGUUUUCGAUCUCAAGGCUAUGGCCUUCGAAGCCACUGAGGGUAUUCUCCGGGCUGGCGCCACUAUCAUCAUCAGCUACUUCGUUCCCGAGUUCCUUGACUGGCUCUCCACAUGAUUUUGUCAACAUUAGGGCAGGAGUCAAUGCAAUGGCUGGCGCAGGGUGUUUCGGCGUUUCUUAUGUUUUCUUAUACCAGGUUAUAG